AUGUCCAGGUCCUACGAUCGCGCCCUCACCGUCUUCUCGCCCGAUGGGCAUCUGUUCCAAGUUGAGUAUGCACUGGAAGCUGUACGAAAGGGUACUUGCGCGGUAGGAGUGCGGGGCAAAGACGUCGUAGUUCUCGGAGUCGAGAAGAAGUCUGUGUUGCAGCUUCAAGACCCGAGAACAGUGCGGAAGGUCGUCAUGCUUGAUGAUCAUAUCUGUCUAGCGUUUGCUGGGCUUACGGCCGACGGCCGAGUACUGAUCGACAGGGCGCGAACAGAAUGCCAGAGUCACCGACUGACUGUGGAAGACCCUGUCACGGUCGAAUAUAUUACCAGACACAUUGCCGGUAUUCAGCAACGCUAUACCCAAUCCGGAGGGGUUCGCCCAUUCGGUAUAUCGACUCUCAUCGUCGGGUUUGAUCCUCAUGACACGAAACCAAGACUAUACCAGACCGAGCCCAGCGGUAUCUACAGCGCAUGGAAGGCGAACGCUAUUGGCCGCUCUUCGAAGACCGUCCGUGAAUUUUUGGAAAAGAACCACAAAGAUGACAUGACUCGGGAAGACAGCAUCAAGCUCACAGUAAAGAGUCUGUUGGAAGUCGUGCAGACCGGCGCGAAGAACAUCGAGAUCAGCGUCAUGGAGAGCUACGGAAAAAUCACCAACCUCGAUCUCGAGCAGAUAGAAGCUAUCGUCCAAGACAUUGAACGAGAGAAAGAAGCUGAGGCGGAGAGGAAACGCUCUAGACUGGCUGCUUCAAUUGCAGGGCAGCUGGCCAUGACACAAUGA